CUGCUCAUGAGACGUCAGGGCGGGCCUGGCUGCUAAUGUGUAUGUGUUGUGUGACUGUGAGCCUGAGAGCUGAAAGGACAGCCGGGGGACACCAUGGUGUUCGAGUCUAUGGUGGUGGAUGUCCUGAACCGCUUUCUCGGGGACUAUGUGGCGAACCUGGAUGGCUCUCAGCUGAAGUUGGGCAUAUGGGGAGGCGCUGUAGCACUGAAGAAUCUGGCGAUAAAAGAAAAUGCAUUGAGUGAACUGGAUGUGCCUUUUAAAGUGAAAGCCGGACAUAUUGGAAAACUCGAUCUUAAAAUCCCUUGGAAAAAUCUUUAUACGCAACCGGUGGAAGCUGUUUUGGAUGGUGUUUACUUAUUAAUAGUGCCUAUUGCUAGUAUUAAAUAUGAUGCUGAAAAAGAAGAAAAACAGUUUUUGGAAGCAAAGCAACGAGAGCUUCAACGCAUUGAAGAGGCCAAACAAAAAGUGGCGGACCAGGAAAAGCCAAAGGAAGAAAAACAGGAUACAUUUGUAGAGAAAUUAGUAACUCAGGUUAUCAAAAAUCUUCAAUUGAAGAUCUCCAAUAUUCAUGUCCGCUAUGAAGAUGAUAUCACAAAUCCUCAGUGUCCGCUCUCAUUUGGUGUUUCACUUCAAAACCUCAGUUUGCAGACAUCUGAUAAAAAUUGGAAUCCAUGUCUUCAUGAUGAAUCCGCCAAGCUGUUUUACAAGAUUGUGCGCCUUGACAAUCUGUUUGCCUAUUGGAAUGUGAAAUCUGAGAUGUAUUACCAUCGAAGUUACAAUGAAGCUUUGGGUGUUUUGAAAUAUGGAGUUGCUUCUAACAACAUGAUCCCGGAAGGUUAUGAUUUUGUUUUCCGUCCAAUCUCAGGGAGAGCAAAACUCCGUAUGAAUCCACGUUCAGAGUUUGACUUUUCUUCACCAAAAAUUGAUCUUGAUGUCAAUCUUCAGGACAUAGCAGUUGAUUUUAAUAAGCCUCAGUACCAUAGUGUCAUGGAGCUUCUUGAAUCUAUUGACAUGAUGUCCAGGAAUCUUCCAUACAGAAAGUACAGACCAGAUGUUCCUGUUCAUAAUAACACUAGAAAAUGGUGGAAUUACGCUAUAACUGGUAUCCUUGAUGUCAAUGUAAAGCCCCGCCUCCAUAUGUGGUCCUGGAGACACAUUCGAAAGCACCGACAGCAAGUGAAGAGGUACAAAGAAGUGUACAAAGCCAAGAUAACAUCAAAGAAACCGGCAGAGGAAGUUCUGUGCACAGCGGAAGAGCAUGAAAAAACACUGGAUAUUUUUUGUAUCACCCUUGCAAGACAACAAGCUGAAAUGGAGGCAAGCAAAGCUGGCCUUAGAAUAUACAGGCCGGGAGCAAAAGAUGAGGACAGCAACUCUAAUGGAUGGUUUGGAUGGAUGUGGGGCUGGUCUGGAGAAAGCCCAGAAAAGAAGGAAGAGGCAAAGACUGGAAAUUUGCUCUCUAAAGGUCUGGAAGAGCUGAUGACUCCUGAAGAGAAAGCAAAGUUGUGUGCAGCAAUAGGAUACAGCGAAACAGCAGUUGACCCAACUCUACCAAAAACAUAUGAAGCAGUGGUUUUAUGUGUAAAGUUAUUAAGUAUGUCAAUUCAGUUGCGAGAAGAUAAAGGAAAGCCUGAGCUGAUUAAUCUAGCUAUAACUGACUUGAGCUCCAUGUUAAAACAACGCCCAGGAGCACAAGCAGUUAGGUUUGAAGCUCAAAUUGGCACAUUUGAGAUAACUGGCAUGUCACAGACCAAGUCUGUUCCCUGUCUGUUGUCUUCCCGGAAUAUUGUAACAGACAAUGACACUUCAUUGUUGAGCCUCAUGUUUGAAACAAAUCCUUUGGAUGAGCGGGCAGACCAAAGACUUUUAGUGGAUUCCCAACCUCUAGAAAUAAUUUAUGAUGCUAAAACCAUCAACAGUUUAGCAGAUUUUUUCCGGCCUCCACAAGACGUCCAUCUUGAACAACUGACUUCAGCCACUUUAACUAAGUUAGAAGAGUUUCGAGAUAGAACUUCAACAGGGCUCCUGUAUGUUAUAGAGACACAGAAGGUUCUUGAUUUAAAAAUCAACCUCCAGGCUUCGUACAUCCUUGUUCCUCAAAAUGGGUUUCAUGAGAGUACAUCUAACUUGCUUAUUUUGGAUUUAGGUAGUUUAUCGAUGACCAGCAAAAGUCGUUCAAACCUCCCCCAACUGAAAGCAGGUCAGAACAGAAUUGAAGAUAUUAUGUCCCGGGCCUAUGAGAGUUUUGAUGUGCAGCUAAGCAGUAUGCAGUUGCUCUACAGCAAGCAUAAUGAGCAUUGGAAGGAGGCUCGCAAACAGAAACAUUCUGCUCAACAUAUUUUGGAGCCAAUGGAUCUCAGAGUUGAUUUUAGCCGGGCCAUGGUAGUGACUGAUCCAAGGAUGCCAAAAUUUAAGUUGUUUGGAGAGUUGCCUGUGCUUUCUAUACGUAUUUCUGACCAAAAGCUCAGAGGUAUCCUGGAAUUGAUUGACAGCAUUCCAAAACCGGAAAGUCCUCCGGCAGCAUCUGCCUCUCCUCAAAAACUUCCAAUCCAAAAAUCACCUCCUCUGAACACACCUCAGAUUGUAAAUGCAAGAUGUUCAGUUUUAAUGGAUCUCCAAUCAAUUAUUGAUUCUGAUUUAGAGUCAGAAUGUGAUGAGUUUUAUGAUGCUCCCGCCAGCCCAGUUGAAGACUUGCCUUUCUUUGAGGUCUCCAGUGGCUCACUGACCGGAUCCAAUAGCAUGAAGAAGAAGAAGUUGGUGAAGCAGGAAACCCUGAAAAACUUGACAGAAUUUCAAAUGAGAUUUGAGAUACCACGUGUGGUACUGGCAUUGUGCAGCCUGUCUGAAGAUGCAGAGAAGGCUGUUCUGCAGAUGGAGAUUCUGGGUUUGGGCACAGAACUCAGUAUUCGAACAUUUGAUAUGUCAGCAAAUGCAUUUCUGAGGGAGAUCUCCUUGACAUGUCCUCAAUACACAGAUGAUGAAGAAAAGCCAGUUCACCUUAUCACAACACUGGAUAAUACCACCGACGAUCUGUUACUAAUGGAAUACGUAAAGGCAGACAUAAAUGGACCAGAAUUCAAGACUACUUAUAGCAGCAUUGAACAAUUGGUAAAGGUGAACUUUUCAUCCUUGGAUGUUCAUCUCCACACUGAGGCUCUGUUGAAUACAAUGAGCUUUCUCACAAACCUGUUGCCACAAUCUGAACAAUCUGAAAACAAAGAAGUAGAACAACUGGCUCAAGAUACAGAGGAAGAUAAAAAGGAGGAUCAGAAAAAGAAAAUUUCACUGAAGAAGUCGAAAUAUGAUGAGGUUAUUAAUCUUUACGUAUAUGCCGAGUUGUCUUGCCUUCGGGUUUUUAUCCGUGAGCAGAAGUGUCAAAUUUCAGAAAUAAGCAUUGAAGGGCUUGAUGCAAAAGUGACAAUGAAGAAGAAAUUCACGGAAAUUCUGGCAAAAUUGAAAAACAUUGCAAUCCUAGAUUCUGACAGUGGUGCCCUAUAUAAAAAGGCUGUUUACAUCAUUGGAAAUGAAGUCUUCAAUUUUAAGAUGGUCUCCUUUGUUGAUGCUACUGAAGGUGAUGCAUACACCAAUAUGGGUGUAGUGGAUAGCGAAAUCACACUAACAGUUGGUUGCAUACAAGUAAUCUUUGUCAACAAAUUUGUUUCAGCAAUAUUGGCUUUCGUGAAUAACUUUCAAGCAGCUAAGGAGGCAUUAACGGAUGCAACAGUACAUGCUGCAGAAAAAGCAGCGAGUGGUGUGAAAGAGCUGGCUCAGCAGAGUUUUCGACUUCGCUUGGACAUUAACAUUAAAGCCCCUGUAGUGAUUGUACCUCAGUCUUCUACAGCCUCAGAUGUUUUGGUGGCAGAUUUAGGUCUCAUCACAGUUAAAAACACGUUCUUUAUGGUAACACCCAAAAUCCGAAGUAAUCUUCCUCCAGUGGUUGACUGUAUGACUGUCAAACUGAGUAACCUGAAGCUGUAUAGAACAGUUUAUGAAAAAGGUUCAUUAAUAUCAGAAAUAGAGCUCCUGCAGCCUCUAAAUAUGGACAUCACAAUUGAGCGCAACUUGGCUGCUGCCUGGUACAAUGACAUUCCUGAUAUUAAAAUCAUUGGACAUCUCAAACCCAUGAGUCUUAUGCUAGGACAAGAGGACAUAACUGUUAUUCUCAGGACGUUAAAUGAAAAUCUAGGAGAAAUCUCAGAAAAAGUGGACCCAGAGAAAAAAAAUGUUGGUGGAUCUAGCAGUGGUGGAAACAACACCUCUCCUAUUUCUUCAGGCACAACUGUGGUAACAGCAGCUGUAGUUGAAACAUACACGCCUACUAAAGUUAAGACAACACUGAAGGUGGAUUUUCAAUUUGACUCUCUCUCCUUGAAUUUAUACAGCUCCAGUCCAAACUCCCCUCUGAUGAAGGCCAUUGAAAGAGACAACACUCUGAAACUUGCUGAGUUCACACUGGGUUUAAUUUCAGCUGCAGUGAAAAUGUCAUCUGAUGGGUCAAUGAGUGCUGCUGUUAAACUCAAAAAUUGCAUGUUGGAUGACAAGAGACAAGCCAUCCAGAAAGCAACUCCACGAAUGCUGGAAAUGAAACCUGGCCAGGAGAAAAGUGUCAUGGUAGAUGUCUCCUAUAAACAAGGCAGAGAAGGCACAGCCAUGGAUGUGAGUGUUUAUGACAUAUAUCUGUGUGCCAGCAUGGAGUUUCUGCUCACCGUGGCAGACAUAUUUCUUAAAGCCUAUGAGCAAAGUUCUGCUGCAUUGAAGAGCAGCAAGCAGACAUCAACAGACAUUAAAGAAGCAGCCACUGUACAACAGGUUUCUAGAAUGGAAAUGAAUGUAGUAGUUAAGAAUCCAGAAUUUGUUUUUGUAGCUGAUUUGUCAAGAGCAGAUGCCCCGGCACUAGUACUUACAAUGCAGUGUGAGCUGUCCAUAAAAAACAGCCCUGAACAGCAGCAUAUGUCAGCUGCAGUAAGAAAUCUUCACAUGAAGGCCUGUCCCUUUCUGCCAGAAAAUAGAAUGAAGAAGAUAACUACGGUCCUGCAGCCAUGUGAUCUUUUUUUCCAAAGUAACCAAUCAACUGGGGAGCCACAGAAGAUUGAACUGUCAAUAAAGUUAAUUGAGUUAAAGGUCUCUCCAGUCAUUAUAAACACAGUGAUCACAAUCACUUCAGCUCUUUCAUCUCCCAAUAAAGAAUCAAUAAGUGAAGUGACUAGUCCAGUUCCAGUAGACCUAUGGAGGAAAAAGAAUGUGAAAGAUUUAAAACUGUGGUUUCUGGAAGAAGAGAACGAGAACAACAACAAAUCUGGAGAAGCAAACAAGUUAGUCCUGACAGGAGAGACCUUAAAUCUGAGCAUUGAAUCAAUCAUUGUUACUUUAGAAGCUGGUGUUGGCCACAGGACCUUGCCCAUGCUCUUAGCCAAGUCUUCAUUUAAAGGGAAUGUGAAGAACUGGAGCACACUUAUAAACCUGUACUGUCAACUUGAACUAGAGGUACAUUAUUUUAACGAAAUGCUUGGUGUUUGGGAGCCACUACUAGAACCUUUGGAAUUCGAAAAAAGUGAUGAAUUCAGACGCUGGAGCCUUGAAGUUAAGAUGAAAAAGAAGUUAAGGAAACAGCUUUGUGAAACAGAUGGGGAAGAAGAACAUUACAAGAUACCAGAAUAUGUUACAGCAAUCAACAUAUUUUCCAAAGACCAGCUAAAUAUCACACUCUCUAAAUGUGGUAUAGUAAUGCUUGGCAACCUGGGACAGGCAUUUUCUGAAGCUGCCAGCAAAUCAUCUGAUGUCUUUAAGAAAGACCAGGCUCCUUUUGUAGUUAGAAAUUCUCUGGGUCUUCCAGUUCGUGUUACCCCCAGUGAUUCAUUUACUCCUUUGAAUGUUGACCAUGGAUUAAAGAUUCUAGAAUUGGAAAAUGAGGAGUGUCUUAAUUUGGAUUAUGUCCGUACAAAGGGCCAGACUGAUCAGUUCUUUGCCUUGAUAAGCCUCUGCAGCAAACAUUUCUACAUCCAAAUCGUUCCUCAAAAUCAUUCUUCUACUGAGAAAAUUCCCUUAACUAAAGUGGGUCGAAGUCUUUACAGUGUGAGACAUUCGGAUUCUGGUGUGGAGCGAUAUAUUGUUUGCCAGAUUGAUACUGUGGAAGGUGCCAAAUGUGUAACAAUAAGGUCCCCAUUGCAGAUUAGAAAUCAUUUUUCUAUUGCAUUUCAAAUUUAUCAUGAAGAUACAUGUCUUGGGAUUGCUGAACCAGAAGCUGAUUUUAACAUCCCUUUGUCAUCUUAUAGGUCAACACUCUGUUUAAAGCCAGUAUCAGGCGAAUAUGAAAAAUGUGAAGGAAUUGACUUUGAAGAUUUCUUGAAAAAUCAAGGUUCACUACUAGCAACAAAAUGCCAAUCUCGAAAAAAUAACAUUGACUCUCUGGUCAUGAAUAUUGUGCCAGUGAUGGAUAUCAUGAUAUCCUCAGUGUGUACUGAUGAGAAGUGGGAUCUUCCAUAUGUUGUUCAUCUGUGGCCCAGUGUUAUCCUUCGCAACUUGCUUCCCUACCAAAUGACAUACUCAUUGGAGGGUAAAGAAGAUGGACAUGUUACAAUAGAAGAUGGAUGUUCAGCCCAGAUACACAAUGCUGUAAUAGAUCAAUCAAAACUAAAGCUAUGUUUAUUAAAUUACCAUGACAUGAACUGGGAAGCCAUGUAUGCAAUCAAGAGCAAGCAGCAGGAUAUUCACUUUGCCUCAUUCCAUUGCGUGUCAGAUCUAGACCAGACAGAACUGGACAUUGCUGUCCAUGUUACUUAUACUACUGGGCAAACAAUCAUUGCAAUUCACAGUCCAUACUGGAUGGUCAACAAGACUGGAAGGAUGUUGCAGUACAAGGCUGAUGACAUACACCGAAAACAUCCUGCUGACGACAAAAAGCCCCUUUUGUUUUCAUUCAAGCCGAAGAACUUUAUCCAAAAUAAUAAGGUGCAGCUCAUGAUAACAGACAGUGACUUGUCAGACCCUUUCUCGUUGGAUACAGUAGGCACUCAUGGUGCUGUGAAGUGCAAAAGCAAACAGAUGGAUUACCAAGUUGGUGUAUCCAUUUAUGCCAGCAGUUUUAAUCUCACCAGAAUUGUCACAUUCACACCAUUUUUUAUGAUCACAAAUAGAAGCAUUUAUAAUGUGAGUGUAGCCGAAGAAAAUACAGUGAGAAUAAUUAAAGUUCCUUCUGGACAGUGUGUACCCUUUUGGCCUGAUUGUAUGACAAGUAAACUGACUGUUGAGGUUGAAGGCUCUCAGACUCCUCCAAAGAGAAUAAAAUUUGACAACCAGGACAGCUGCACUCUGCUUCAUCUUGAUGAUAAGCUUGGAGGCAUAUUGGUGGAUGUCACCCCAAAAGACCAUUCUACUGUUAUCACUUUUUCAGACUACUUUGUAGGGUCAGCUCCAUUUCUUAUCAUUAAUGAUACAAAGGAACAAAUCAUUGAAUUUUACCAAAGUUCUGUCAACACAGAACCAGACAAAUUAGCACCUGGAAAACUCACAUUAUAUGCCUGGGAAGACCCUACCAGUGAGAGAGAAUUAUCUUGGAAAUGUGGAACACGCGCAGGAAAAGUCAUUCAAACAGAGGACAGAGUUGAAUACCACAGACUCGAGGACUGUCUUCUCUACAUGGUGUGUUUCCUGGAAGGUUUACAACGGAUUGUGCUUUUCACCGAAAAUGAACAUGUUUUCAAUGUGACAUAUGAAAAUGAAAAGGCAGAAUUGGCAGAGCAAGAAGUCACAAUAUCAUUGUCAGAUGUUGGCAUUUCUCUAGUAAAUAACUAUUCCAAACAAGAAGUAUGCUACAUAGGCAUCAGCAGUUCAGAUGUAGUUUGGGAGACAAAGAAGAGGAGACGAUGGAGGCCACUGAGUGUGAAGCAAACAGAAAAGUUAGAAUCAGUCUACAAGGAAUACUGUGAGUCUAGCCCCACGGACGUUAAAAUUGUUGAUUUGGAUUCCAAUGCCCAGGUAUGUCUAACACCUACUUUCACCAAUAUGAAGUUUGUACAGCCAUCACCAGCACCAGUGAGAAGAAGUUUCUUGCCAGCUUUGAAAAUAGAAUACUCAGCCUCUGCUCAUCAGACUUCCAUCAGACUACAACUCUACAGAAUACAGAUACAAAAUCAGAUUCCUGGAGCCAUAUUUCCUUUUAUAUUUUACCCAAUAAAACCACCCAAGUCUGUGACCUUGGACUCAGAACCGAAACCCUUCACUGAUGUGAGCAUUGUGAUUAGAACAGCCGGACAUUCUGAAAUAUCACGAAUAAGGUACUUCAAGGUUUUAAUUCAAGAAAUGGAUCUGCGAUUGGACCUGGGAUUUUUGUAUGCUUUGGCAGAGCUUUUUACUCAGAGUGGAGAUGUGUCUAAGGACCAGGAGGUUGUGCUCUUCAAAAAAGACGUGGAGUCCCUCCAAGCUGAAUUGAGAACAGUGACUUUAAUUAAUACCGCCCAACUCAGCUUGUAUGAGGAUUUUCAUAUAUCUCCUAUAAAGCUGCAUUUAAGCUUCUCCCUUAGUAGUGGUGGAGAUGAUGGGAAUAAAGAGCUUCGAGACAAAGAACUUAUACCAGUGCAAUCUUUAAAUCUUCUCCUGAAAAGUAUUGGUGCUACCCUGACUGAUGUGCAGAAUGUUGUGUUCAAACUGGCUUUUUUUGACAUUCAAAACCAAGUUUACACAACGCAAGAGCUGCAGUGGGAAGUUAUAAGACAUUAUUCACGACAAGCCAUUAAACAAAUGUACGUUCUUGUUCUUGGCCUCGAUGUGCUGGGGAACCCCUUUGGUUUAUUUCGAGAUCUUUCUGAGGGAGUGGAAGCUUUCUUUUAUGAGCCUUACCAGGGAGCUAUUCAAGGUCCAGAAGAGUUUGUUGAAGGAAUGGCACUGGGAGUAAAGGCACUUGUUGGUGGAGCAGUUGGUGGCUUAGCUGGAGCUGCAUCCCGAAUUACGGGUGCUAUGGCCAAAGGUGUAGCAGCCAUUACUAUGGAUGAAGAAUACCAGCAGAAGAGGAGAGAAGCCAUGAACAAACAGCCAAGUGGCAUCAGGGAGGGUCUCGCACGUGGAGGCAAAGGCCUUGUGUCUGGCUUUGUCAGUGGUAUAACCGGGAUAGUAACAAAGCCAAUUAAAGGCGCUCAGAAAGAAGGAGCAGCAGGAUUUUUUAAAGGAGUUGGCAAAGGAUUAGUGGGAGCUAUAACCAGACCAACAGGUGGCAUAAUAGAUAUGGCCAACAACACAUUUCAAGGCAUCAAGAGAGCUACAGACACUUCUGAUGAUGUGGAGAGCCUACGGCCUCCAAGGUUUAUACACGAAGAUGGUGUUAUAAGGCCAUACAGGAUGAGAGAAGGUGCAGGAAGCCAAAUGCUACAGAAAAUUGAAAAUGGAAGAUUUGCCAAAUGUAAAUAUUUUGCCCAUGCAAUGGUUAAUAACACUGAUUUACUUAUGGUCAUGAAGAGUGGUGUUUUGUUUGUUACUAAAGGAACGUUUGGACAGCUUACUUGUGAGUGGCAGUACAGUUUUGAUGAGUUUACCAAAGAGCCAAUUAUUGUGAGUGGUAGAAGACUACGCAUUGAAGCAAAAGAACGAGUCAAAUCUGUUUUCCAUGCCAAGGAGUUUGGAAAAAUAAUCAAUUUUAAGACUUCGGAAGAUGCCAAGUGGAUUCUGUUGAAAUUGGAAGAAGUCAGAGAUCUUCAACCAAAGCCAUGAGCGGUGAUUGCAGUAACCACAAAUCUGACUACACCUACACAAAUUUCAUGGCCUGCCAAACAUUUGUACGACAUUUUUGAAUGGUAUUGUUUAACUUAUUGAUUGUUGGCUAUUUUACCAAACUACUAAUGUACAAUUGCUAAAUGAUGUUUUUAUAUAUACACACAUACUGCUUAUCUACAGUUGUGGAUUUUUGACAGAGCUAUUAUUCCUAGGAGAAGCCCUGCCAUGAAGACAUGUACAGUACAAAAUGUUAUAUGCAGUAGUUACUGGUGCCCUAUAUUUUAGGAAGAAAGAUUAUGCAGCUUUAUGCUCUGUUCACAUCGCAUGACAUUUUGCACCCUGCCUAUGGAACCAUUCAAAUCGGUGCGACUCCAACUUACAAAAGGUUCCUGCACUAUUUUUGGAGAUUUUAUGUGCGACUUGCAUAGACAUCUGUGCAUAAAGUCACACAGAUGUCCGCAAGCUGCACAUAAAGUAGAGGGAUGUCAAAGCCGCAUUCAGUGUGAACUGGGUGUUAAUGAAUGCCACUGUCUGUUAAUUGUAUAGAAUGUGUACAGUGAAAGAUAGGCUGCUGUGUAAGUUAUUGUAUUACUACAGAACAGUUUACAUUUGCACACAAAUUAUUGAAAUGUACACAGUGACAAAUCUUUUAAUGACAUUUUACUUUUCCUACUCUUUAAUCAAAAUGUUUUAAGUUAUUAGUUGGGAAUAUACGCAUGUUUUUGUUUUCUUGCAUAUAGAACAUGUGGUGCUACUGCAUUUUUUGCACUAGUUAAAUAAGUAAGGGAUAAAUUUCUGUUUUUUCCUUUCUGCAACAUGCCUUAACUAGAUUUCUAUACCUGUAUAUACUCAAAUGUUACUCCAAUUUUGCACUUUCACCAUCCAUUGACAUUAAAGCUGAAUUCCAGGCAGAUAUAUUACAACACCGGUUAAUGCAGUUAUUUGUUCAAUGAAAAUGUAUUACAUACAUUUAAUUAAUUAGUGUCAGUACUGGACUGUACCAUGGUAGCUGAUAUCUUAAAUCCCCUGUACAGCAGCACUAAUCUGUUUGUGCUGACAGGGGAGCACAGUGUUAAUAAAACCUGCUCUUAUAUAUGUA